CGGGUAAUUUCCAUUACCGCUUCCGCUUCUUCGAAUGUUUUGAAAAGUUGGCGGUAAAGAUGGCGGACGCUGACGGAGUCCCGGAAUCAACGGUAGAGAACCAUCAAGAUGUCAGAGUUAAUGUCAAGUCCAAGAGAAUGGUCUCUUAUCAGCUCGCAAAGUAUAAAAGUUUGCUUAUAAAACUGCUCGAGCGACAACCGGGAGUGAACGAAAGCGACGUAGAGAAGAUCUCACAGGAAAUGUUGUCGAACUUCGAGAUUGCGGUGCAGGAAAACAUCAGUGUUGGAGGUUUAUCAUGGGAUGAAGCAGCGGAGGAGAACAAUGAAGAUUACGAGUGCAGCACUGUGGAUGACCUGCUCGAUGAGAAGAUCGUACAGACCAGCUGGAAACGCAGCCUUUACCCAAAGAAGAUUCUGCCUUAUUUUGUCCGUUCCCUAAAAGCCGAACGCAAACUCAUGGGUUUGUUGGAAAGUGCAGUAAAGGCACAAGAAGUGAAGCGAGAUCCAGUUCAGGACGCCACAAUGAGCAGCGUUUCUGCUGCUGCAACCAGGAUGUUCUCACAAGCAUCUACAGUCAUGAAGUCUCUGAAGGAGUUGAAGCAGAUGGCAGAAGGUCUUAACCAGGUGCUGAAUACACAGCCCUCAUCUGAGAGCCUGGAGGUCUACAGAGACAUCUUCAGCUCUGACGGAAAAGUCCAGUGCAGCAGCGAAUCUCCUGCUAACAGACACUCCAUCAGAAGAGCUGUGACUGAGAGAAAAUACAGCACACAAUACGAUCCUCUGAUCCCAACCACGUCACACCAAUAAGAGUUUAUCAUCAUCAUCAUCAUCAUCAAAAGAGUGGAGCUAAUUAUUAUAACGGCAGAAGUGGUUUGGGAGUGAAAACAUACUGUUGGUUGUAUAGCGUAUGUAAGUUGAUUGUUAAAUCUGUACUCACAAAGUUCUUUAUUGUGUAUAUACAUUUAUUUCCUUUCCUUUAUUCAUAUGUCUGUAACAUUAAAGUUUUGUGUCUUCA